AGCCGCGAAGCGCUCCCGGGUGGCGCCGGGUGGUGGCCCCGGAAGGGCUCCGGCAGCGAGCGGCGGCGGCGGCGGCGGGGCCUGGGAGCGGCCGCGGGACAUGGGGAGCUGAUCACUUUGGGUCCCCACAACGCCGAGAAGCAGCAGGACCUAGAGAAGCUUUAUGAUUUAAAACAACCCCAAAAGCCCAACAGAUUAUGAACCAGUUUGGCCCUUCUACCUUGAUCAACCUCUCCAACUUCUCCUCCAUCAAGCCUGAGCCAGCCAGCACUCCCCCCCAGAGCUCCAUGGCCAACAGCACCAGCGUGGCCAAGAUGCCGGGAACCCCGAGCGGCGGCGGCCGCCUCAGCCCCGAGAGCAACCAGGUUUUAACCAAGAAGAAACUGCAGGACCUGGUGCGGGAGGUGGAUCCCAAUGAGCAGCUGGAUGAAGAUGUGGAGGAAAUGCUGCUGCAGAUCGCUGACGACUUCAUCGAGAGCGUGGUGACCGCGGCCUGUCAGCUCGCCCGGCACCGCAAGUCCAACACCCUGGAAGUCAAAGAUGUCCAGUUGCAUCUUGAGCGUCAGUGGAAUAUGUGGAUCCCAGGCUUUGGUUCUGAAGAGAUCAGGCCCUACAAGAAAGCCUGCACUACAGAAGCCCACAAACAGAGAAUGGCACUGAUCCGCAAAACUACCAAGAAAUAGCCGCCGGGAGGAGCCGGGAGGAGCCUGGGGAGGAGCCUGGGAGCAGCCUGGGAGCAGCCUGGGCAGUUGGGGGCAGCAGCUGCUGCCGGAGCCUCCACACGCCAGCCACGGCAUAUUUUUUGUAAUGCUUUACAGAGAAGCAUAUAUUUUUUAUGAAUGGUGCAGCAAUACCUUGACUUUAUGAGGAGAAUCUGCCAAAAAACACCCUUCCCCAUCCCCCCCAUUCUCCACCCCUUUCCCUGUUCCUCCUGGGCCUGACCCAUCUCCAACCAGAGACUUUCCUUUGUGACUUGAAAGUGGUUCGUUGUCUACGUGAUUAUUCAGGGGACUGAGCAUUUGAUCUUGUGUGGGACAGUAUUAGAAGCAUCUGUAGAGGUUUUUGUUUCCUCCUCCUUGCCUCUCCCUGCUCCAGUACUUUGUAAUGUCAGUGUUUCUAUAAAUACUUGCGUUUGUUUUACAUGAAUAAAGACAUUAUUAAUGUAAA